GGGCCGGCCGCGCAGGGGUCGUCUGUCUGCUCCGGGAGAGUUAGGGCUCGGAUCCGAGCGCGCGGAGCGGCGGGGGCCGGGGCGCGGAUGCUGGAAGUUCACAUCCCGUCGGUGGGGCCCGAGGCCGAGGGGCCCAGGCAGAGCCCGGAGAAAGGCCACAUGGUGUUCCGAGUUGAGGUGUUGUGCAGCGGACGCAGACACACGGUGCCGAGGCGCUACAGCGAGUUCCAUGCGCUGCACAAGCGGAUCAAGAAGCUGUACAGAGUGCCCGACUUCCCCUCGAAACGCCUGCCCAACUGGAGGACCAGAGGGUUGGAACAGCGCCGGCAGGGCUUGGAGUCCUACAUCCAGGGCAUCCUGUAUCUGAACCAGGAGGUGCCCAAGGAGUUACUGGAAUUCCUGAGACUUCGGCACUUCCCCGCAGACCCGAAGGCUAGCAGCUGCGGCACCCUGGAGGAGUUCCUGCCUGGUGACAGCAGCUCUCAGCAGCAUCAGCGGCCUGUCCUGGGCUUCCAUGUGGAUCCCUAUGUGUGCACCCCCUCCCCAGAGCCGCUGCCCAACAUGGUGGUGGAUGGUGUGCUCCAGGGCCUCUCCAGCUUCAGCAUCAGCCCAGAUAAAGCCCAGCCAAACGAUGCCUGUCACCCUGCUCCUCUGCCACCUACGUCCUCAUCAGUCCAGAGGCCUAUGGCCACCUCCUAGGACAGUCAUGUGCCUCCAUCCUAUCAACUCCAUAUAAGGCUAGGUCCUCCCUUGGUCUGGACCCAGGACUUAAAUACCUGGUGCCCAGCUGUGCCACAUCCCACUCAAGGCUCAGAACUUGGCUUGCCCUGGUGGCUGGAGGUGGUAGAAUUUGCACGUUCUUAGAGCGCAGGAGCCAAGGCAGGGUCAAGAAGAUAAGCAAUAAAGAAGUCAGCUGUGCACAGAGGUUCAUGCCUGUAAUCCCAACACUUUGGGAGGCCAAGGCAGGAGGAUUGCUUGAGCCUGGCAGUUUGAGACCAGCCAGUACUACAUAGUGAGACCUGUCUCUACAAAAAGAAAAAAAAGUCAAUUUAGAGGUAGGCUAUGAAAAGGUACAGGUAUAUUUCUUCACAUAGACUGGAGGGUGGUGGCAAGGGGGGCAAAUGUGGAGGCCUAGUAUCCGGCGAAGUUUAGAAGCAGGGGGCAAAAGCUCCUGCUUGACUUUUCCUGGGUAGCUCCAGGGUCAAAGUUUCAGGCAGGAUCCCAGGGAAGGGGCAGGCACCCACUACUGCAGGAGAAUGGCAGGCCUGUUGGGGUGUAGGCUUGGGGGAGGUGCCGCAGACUCAAAAACCAGGCCCACAUGUUACAAAAAAAAAAACCCCACA